AUGUCAGGCGACGGGGCCGCAGACAAGGGAGGGUUGCCGAAAGAUCCUCCUAGUUCGAGCACAUCAGAUCAGACAAAGGCCAGAGAGCCCUCACCCUUGCGCGCUUCACGAAGCUCUUCUUCCAUUCCCACCGUCUCGAGGUCACGAAAGAAUAGCUCGGAAUUUAGUCCAACAAGAAACACCGCUUUGAGCGGUACGCUCUCCACGAUUCCAUCGGCUGCCGCUGUGCAGCGUGCCUUGUCGGCGCAAAGACCUGUGCUUACCCCCGGAGGAGCAGAUGGUGCAACAGACACUUCGCGCGUCGACAAGACGUCAAAGCCGACCAGCUCACCAUCCUGGCCGGGAUCACCAAGACUGAAGUCACCUCCGCCGCCCGCCUCAGGAGCGCGUCAUCCUCCCCAGCAGAAACGUAAUGAGGCGGAUCAAAUGGCUUCCAACACUUCACUCAAACGUCAAUCGGUCCCAGCGGCCGAAAGCAGCUCUACCCCGCAGGCGUCCGAUGCACCGAAGGACCCAGCAACCGGACAGUCUACGUUGAGACCUCCUGGACGUGGCGCCAGCGUGCCUGCAGGGGCCCUUGAAACGGUUGCGGAAGGCAGUGUGCCAUCCACCUCGUUCAUGGGCUCUGUAGGCAAAUCCCAGCAGGAAGGGAAGGGCGGCCCGGGCGAACCGGGUCCCGGUCAAAACGGACCCUCGUCUUCGGAGCAGAAGUCAACGUCAAACAAGCCAGCAGAUGACGCACGGGCGCGAUCCACGAGCACAUCCAAAGUGACAUCAAAUUUGGCCAAACGCUCGCUAACAAACUUGACUACUGCGAAGCCGAAGCCGCCAGAUCCGCCACGCACAAUGACCGUCGAAACAGAACCUGUCGUCACUAAUACACAAAUCCUGGGCCCUGAUCGAUAUCUCAGUGGGCGUGACGGUAGUGGCAGCAUUCGCACCAAGCCUAGUAAUGAGACCAUAAGGCCAAAGAAGGAGAAGAAGAAAACCCGAAAGACACCUUCGGUCCACGCAGUGACAGGGAGUUCGAAAGCUGACAUCUUCGAGGCCAAGGUGGCGAGUGCAGUGGAUGAAGCAGACACGUCUGACUCGGACGAAACCUUUGUCUACGAGUCAAAUCCACCGGACAGCAGGUCUCAUAGGCAUCAUUCUCGGACGCCGAGUGGUACUUCUCUGGCCAGCACAGAGCCCCGAAACCGUCAUGGCUUACGUUCUGGAAGCCACGCGGUGGGGCAGAAGAAGAGCAUGAAGUUCUCCAAUAGCGGUUUUAACAACCAAUUCGACGAUGACGAGGAUGGAAGUGGUCGAGGCAGUCUUCGCAACCCUUCGACACACCGUCAUCACCACAUCGGAAGGCAUGGCAAGACCGGCCACAAUUCUAUCCUCGACUCCAACUCGCCGUUCAGUCAAGCCAGCAAAAGUAAUUCACCUCGAGCAGCAACUGCGAACGUCGCACGUUCGUCUCGGCCUAAUAGUCCCAGGUUGCAGAACGGGCGAAGUCCGCUCAGUCCGAAGAAAAGCGACCCAUUCGACAUGUAUGACAACAUGGCUGACGACGAGCGAACACCUCUGAUGGGCAAUGGGUCUGGCUCUGUUCGUGUCAAUCGCACCCGGCACAGUCGCCGCAUCCACGGCUCCGGCCUGCGUAACAGCGAGUAUUACGAGGACAACGAACGCACGUUGUGCACUCGUUUGAGCAGCUGUGUUAUCCUCGGCAUCAUAGGUCUCAUUCUUGCCGUUGGAGUUGUGACAUUCGUGGUUGGGCUUAAUCAGCCUCUCCUCGAUGUUAAGGUUCGACAUAUGCAAAACAUACUAGUGUCUGAGCAAGAGCUAAUGCUCGAUCUGCACGUGGACGCGGUAAACACAAACAUCUUCGCGAUCUCAGUCAGUGUACUGGACAUCAACUUGUUUGCAGAGAGCAACUACACCAGCCCGUCAGCAGACCCUGAGAGAAGGAAAGGACUGCGGUGGGCUCGUCGAGCAUGGGGCGGAUCUUCAUGGCCUUGGCCCUCUCCCACAGAUGGCGUCGACGAGGGCACAGACCCGAUAGAUGAACCCGAGCUGGGAUCACAAAAGAUCCUCCUCGGACCCGUGGCGGAAUUUGAUUCCCCGCUGUCGUUCGAUGCUUCACCGUUGCGACGCCGACGAUCGGGCUCUGUGGGCGAGAUCCGGCUAGCAAACCCGGGUAAUACGACGGUCGACAGAACUGAGCAGUGGGAAAGAGUCAUUCAACACGAGUUCAAUCUCAUCCUUCGCGGCGUGAUCAAGUAUCAACUGCCGCUGACCUCGAAGAUGCGAUCUGUUAAGAUUUCUAGUAAGGCGAAGGUGUCACCGAGUGGUGAUGGCGACGAGGAUGAUACGGCAUGA